CGGGAUUUCUGAACCACGGGAGAGUCACCGGAAAGGCUUUUGGUGAUAAACCGUCGCAUAUUGGGAGAAUAUAUCACAAUUUAUGGUUACAUAAAUACACAGAGGACUACUUUAUACACCUUUUAAGGAUGGAAACUAAACUAUGAGACAUUGUGUAGUUGCAGAAGACUGAGUGAACCAUGGCACAGUUCCCCACUGCAUUCACAGGACAAGAUGUGUUUCUGAUCACUGCGGAUGAAAGAGCCAAACAUGAUCAGCAGUUUCACAGCCUCUCUCCGACUGCUGGGGGUUACAUAACAGGUGACCAGGCCAAAAACUUUUUCCUUCAGUCAGGGCUGCCCCCGCCCAUCCUGGCCCAAAUAUGGGCUUUGGCCGAUAUGAACAGCGAUGGCCGAAUGGAUAUCCACGAGUUCUCCAUCGCCAUGAAACUCAUCAAACUGAAACUCCAGGGUCACUCUCUGCCAUUAGCGCUUCCUCCCAGCAUGAAGCAACCGCCGCUCGCUUUACACCCACAGGCCAGCUUUGGCAUGCCCCCUAUGGCACCAAUUCCAACUCCCAUCCCAGCUCCUCUCCCAGUCAUGCCCCCGCUCCCCCUUCCUCCUCUUCCCGUUGGGGUGUCUCCCCCUCUUGUCUCUACUGCUGCACCACCCCUUCCGCCACCCAUGGCCAACGGAGCUCCCCCCACAGCCAUGAUGCCGCCCAUCUCAGGCUUCCCCCACCCAGUUCCUUCUGUGAACAAGACGUCUUCGUUCAAUCGUUCCAGUACGAAGCUGCAGAAGGGGUCGUCGUUUGAUGCUGCAGGUACUCAGCCUCCCUCUGAUUGGGCAGUUCCUCAGUCCUCCAGACUGAAGUACAGACAGCUGUUUAACUCUCAUGACAAGAUGAUGAGUGGAUAUCUCACUGGACCCCAAGCUCGCACUAUUCUGAUGCAGUCCAGUCUUCCUCAGAGUCAGCUGGCCACCAUCUGGAGUCUGUCAGACAUCGACCAGGAUGGAAAGCUGACAGCUGAGGAGUUUAUCUUGGCUAUGCACCUCAUAGAUAUGGCUAUGUCAGGAUUGCCACUGCCUCCAGUGUUACCAGCAGAAUACCUCCCACCAACGUUCAGGCGCGUGCGGAGCGACAGUGUUCAGUCCGACCAGAAGAGUGUCCCGGAGGAGGCAGAGGAGGAGAACGAGAGCAGCCUGGAGAAGAAACUACCAGCAACAUUUGAGGAUAAGAAGAGGGAGAACUUCGAAAGAGGAAACCUGGAGCUGGAGAAAAGACGCCAGGCUCUUCAGGAGCAGCAGAGGAAGGAACAGGAGAGGCUGGCAUCGCUGGAGAGGGAAGAACAGGAGAGAAAGGAGCGCGAGCGUCUGGAACAAGAAAGAAGACGACAACAGGAACUGGAGAAACAGCUUGAGAAGCAGCGAGAGCUGGAGAGGCAGAGAGAAGAAGAACGGCGCAAGGAGAUAGAAAGGAGAGAGGCUGCAAAGAGGGAAUUGGAGCGCCAGCGUCAGUUGGAGUGGGAACGGCAACGUCGCCAGGAGCUUCUAACUCAAAGAAACAGAGAACAAGAAAGCAUCGUUCUGCUCAAAGCCAGGAAGAAGACACUGGAGUUUGAAUUGGAGGCUCUGAAUGACAAGAAGAACCAGUUGGAAGGUAAACUAAGGGAUGUUCGGUUUCGUCUUUCAACUCAGCGGAGAGAGAUGGAGCAGACCAAUCAGACCAGAGAAACACGCAUUGCUGAAAUCACACAGCUUCAACAGCAGCUUCAGGAUUCCCAACAGUGGUUGGGGAGGCUGAUUCCUGACAAACAGAAUCUGAACGACCAGUUGAAACAGGUUCAGCAGAACAGUUUGCAUCGUGAUAGUCUGUCAUCGCUGCAGAAGGCCAUUGAGCAAAAGGAGAGCAGCAGGCAGCAGCUCAGGGAGCAGCUCAAUACAGUAGAGAGGGAGACCAGAGCAAAACUGUUGGAAAUAGACGCCUUCAACACACAACUGAAGUGUCUGUGUGAGUUCUAUGCCAACCACUGUGCCAGGAUAGAAGCCCUUCGACGCCAGCUGCAGGAGGAAGAGAGGGGGAGACAGGAGCUGCGGGAGAUCCACAGCCGGCAGCAGAGACAGAAACAGAAGGAGCUGGAGGGAGGCACACAGUCACUCUCCCAACCUUACAUGCAAACGGCAAGCGAGAGGAAGUCUGCUGAGCUGCAGGAGAGCGGGUUAUCAUCAAAGGAAGGCUUUGCCUGGCGGGGUGAAACUGGAGGCUCCACCCCUAAAGUUCCUAGCCCUGCCUCUGUGUCUGCAUCACAUGCCUGGCUAAACAGGGUGACUCAGGAGGAGGAAGAGAGGAAAAGGAGAGGGAUGGAGGAGGAAGAGGAGGACAGGAAGGGAGCCGGCUCAGUGGAAGAGAAGGAGGUUGAGAGCAGAGGCAAGAAGGACAUGCAAGAUAAACUGAACAAGCUGUUCGGCCAGCCAGCUGACCCCUGGGUUUCAGCAGUUGAGAAGGCUCCCACUCCAAGUCUGUUUGAUCAGAAAGCAUCUGUCAGUGGCUUCGAGCAACAAAAACAACAGCCAGUGAAGGUGGUCUACUAUAGGGCGCUGUAUCCAUUCGAUGCUCGUAGCCAUGACGAGAUCAGCAUCCAACCCGGGGAUGUCAUCAUGGUGAAGGGGGAAUGGGUGGAUGAAUCCCAAACCGGGGAGCCCGGGUGGCUGGGAGGUGAGCUCAGAGGCAGGACUGGUUGGUUUCCAGCUAACUAUGCAGAGCGGAUACCUGAAAGUGAAGCACCAAUCAGCCUGCGUUCCUCAUCCUCGGCCACACCCCCGUCAACCCAGCAGCCGAUGGCCACGCCACCUUCAGCGUCUGGACACACCUCCACCUCCACAUCUUCUGCCAAUAGUAACUGGGCUGACUUCAGCACCACUUGGCCAUCCAGCACAGCCAGCCAGUCAGACAGCGAGGGAUGGGAUGCAUGGCCGACCUCCUCAGCCAAUCAGAAUCCCUCUCUCAGCGUUCCAUCGGCACAGCUACGCCAACGCUCCGCCUUCACGCCGGCCACCAUGACAACGGGCUCCUCCCCUUCUCCUGUACUAGGACAGGGGGAAAAGGUGGAAGGACUUCAGGCCCAGGCUUUGUAUCCCUGGAGAGCCAAGAAGGACAACCACCUCAACUUCAACAAGAACGAGAUCAUAACAGUGUUGGAGCAGCAGGACAUGUGGUGGCUAGGUGAACUUCAGAACGGACAAAGAGGCUGGUUCCCCAAAAGUUACGUCAAGCUCAUCUCAGCCAACACGACGAUCCCUGCUGGUGCUGCAGUCCGCAGCAAAAACACUAAUGAAUCUGGAAUAUCUGAGAGUCCACCCAAUGGGAAGCGACCCUCAUCCUCUCCAGCAAAACCUUCAGAAUCUGGAGAAGAAUAUGUGGCCAUGUACACCUAUGAGAGCAGUGAACAGGGAGACCUUAGUUUCCAGCAAGGAGACAUCGUCGUGGUGACCAGGAAAGAAGGGGAUUGGUGGACAGGCAUGGUGGCAGGAAAGACUGGAGUCUUUCCGUCCAACUACGUCAAACCACGUGAUUCAGUGACAGAUUCACUGGGACCAGCAGGAAAGACCGGAAGUCUGGGGAAGAAACCGGAGAUCGCUCAGGUGAUCGCUGCUUACAGUGCCACGGGUGCAGAGCAGCUGACUCUAGCUCCAGGACAGCUUAUCUUGAUCAGAAAAAAGAAUCCCGGGGGCUGGUGGGAAGGCGAGCUGCAGGCUCGGGGGAAAAAGCGGCAGAUUGGUUGGUUUCCAGCCAAUUACGUGAAGCUUCUGAGUCCCAGCACUAGCAAGACGACACCCACAGAGCCCACCCCUCCUAAACUGGCUCCUGCCAACACAGUUUUGUGUCAGGUGAUCGGCAUGUAUGACUACGUGGCCCAGAACGACGACGAGCUGGCCUUCCAGAAGGGUCAGGUGAUCAAUGUGCUCAACAAGGACGACUGUGAUUGGUGGAAAGGAGAGCUGAAUGGGAGGGAAGGACUGUUUCCUAGCAACUACGUCAAGCUGACAACGGACACGGACCCGAGCACGCAGUGGUGCGCCGACCUCCACCUGCUCGACAUGCUGAGUCCGAUGGAGAGGAAGAGGCAGGGCUACAUCCACGAGCUGAUCGUCACUGAGGAGAACUACGUCAACGACCUGCAGCUCGUCACAGAGAUCUUCCACAAGCCUCUGCUGGAGUGUGAGCUGCUGACAGAGAAGGAAGUGGCCAUGAUCUUUGUGAACUGGAAAGAGCUCAUCAUGUGCAACAUCAAACUCCUCAAGGCUCUUAGGGUGAGGAAGAAGAUGUCAGGCGAUCGGAUGCCUGUGAAGAUGAUCGGAGACAUCCUGACCAACCAGCUGCCUCACAUGCAGCCGUAUAUCAGGUUCUGUUCAUGUCAGCUGAAUGGGGCCACGCUGAUUCAACAGAAAACGGAUGACAACCCUGAGAUCAAAGACUUCCUCAAGAGGUUAGCCAUGGAUCCCAGGUGCAAGGGAAUGCCUCUGUCCAGUUUUCUCCUCAAGCCAAUGCAGAGAGUGACACGCUACCCUCUCAUCAUCAAAAAUAUCCUAGAAAACACUCCAGAGUCUCAUCCAGACCACAGUCAUCUGAAAGCUGCCCUGGAGAAAGCAGAGGAGCUGUGCUCACAGGUGAAUGAAGGUGUCAGAGAGAAGGAGAACUCUGAUCGGCUGGAGUGGAUUCAGGCUCACGUUCAGUGUGAGGGGCUCUCAGAGCAACUGGUGUUUAAUUCAGUCACCAACUGUCUGGGUCCCAGGAAGUUCCUGCACAGCGGGAAGCUGUUCAAAGCCAAGAGCAGCAAAGAGCUGUACGGCUUCCUAUUUAAUGACUUCCUGCUGCUGACACAGGUGACCAAACCUCUGGGCUCGUCCGGGUCGGACAAAGUCUUCUCCUCCAAAACACACCUGCAGUACCGCAUGUACAAGACGCCAAUCUUUCUGAACGAAGUGUUAGUGAAGCUACCCACGGAUCCAUCGGGAGACGAACCUCUUUUCCACAUCUCGCACAUAGACAGAGUUUACACCCUCAGAGCCGAAAGCAUCAAUGAAAGGACUGCAUGGGUUCAAAAAAUUAAGGCAGCUUCGGAGCUCUUCAUAGAGACAGAAAAGAAGAAGAGGGAGAAGGCGUAUUUAGUCCGUUCUCAGAGGGCGACGGGGAUCGGCAGACUGAUGGUCAACAUCGUGGAGGGGAUCGAGCUCAAACCCUGUCGCACCCAUGGAAAAAGCAAUCCUUACUGUGAAGUCACCAUGGGUUCUCAGUGCCAUAUCACAAAAACAGUACAGGACACUUUGAAUCCCAAGUGGAAUUCCAAUUGUCAGUUUUUUAUUAAGGACCUUGAACAGGACGUCCUUUGUAUCACUGUGUUUGAACGAGACCAGUUCUCACCUGACGACUUCCUCGGCAGGACUGAGAUCCGAUUGGCAGAGAUAAAGAAGGACCAGGGCUCCAAAGGACCAAUCACGAAGAGGCUGCUGCUUCACGAGGUUCCUACAGGGGAGAUCGUCGUUAGACUAGACCUUCAGCUCUUUGAAGAACCAUGAAACGUGCGCAGGGUUCAACCAGAUGGAACUGGCCUGAGGAUGAACUCUCAGAAAUGAACAGGGAUCUGCAUCUGGGCUGGAAUAGACUGGACCAGAAGCCUGGAAUGGGCUGGGGUUACUCAUUAUGUGGUCUGGCUAUUUAGGGAGAUUAAUGUGAUUCAUUUGUAAGAAGACCCCAAGAAAGGUCAGUAACUACAUAUAAAAACUAAAUAUUGUCAUCUCUAACAACAACUUUAAAUGUUUUAUCACAAUUUUACUGAAUUUUAUUUGCCAUUUUAUUCCAUAAUUUGGAGGAAAUGGGCUUAUUUUGGGUCCAUUGGAGUACAUUUUCUAAAAAUAGGUACAUAUUAUGGAUUAAAAUAGGUUUAUCUUUAACAUUUAGGGUACAGGAGUAUCAUUACAUUCAUUGCAAAUAUUUAAAAGAAAUAUAGACAUGUAGCUUUAACAACAGCACCCAGAGUGGAUUACAUGUUCUCUGCAAAAAGGGAAUGCUGUGCUAACAAAAACAGGCCUGAGCUGCACCAAAAUCUAAUUGUAGCUUAGCUUAGAGUACCUAAUGCCAGCAAAUAAUGAAAAUCCUAGGCCUGUUUCUGGUCCAGUUAAUCCCAGUAUGCUCAUGACCCACACUACGGUGGGGUCCAGUUUAUAUUCGGUCCAGCUUUGGACAUCAGACGGGUUGUUACUGUUUCCACGUCUUCUGCUUUAUCCUGACAGUCUUACAGAAAUUCCAGAGACAAUCCCUCCUUUUUUGUGUCCAACCAAGCAUUAACCGCUGUCUGUGUGUGACUGAAAGUAUGCAAGACUGAUGCGAAUGACUAAAAGAGUUUCAAGUUGGGUAGGUGGUAUUUAAAGGCACUAUUUGGUUUACAUUUAUCUUAUUUUUUUUAAUUAGUCCAACCAGCUUCUCAGACGCUUAUGAUGGAUUUUUCAAGCUUUCAGCUCUGAGCUAUUGAACAUAAAGGGAUCUUGACAUUUUGGUUUUAACAUUAACUGAACACUUGUGUAUAGGUAUAUUGAAAACCAUGCUAAUAAGCCGAAAAAACAGAUUUUAACCAAGUAUAUGAUAAGUGUUCAGUGUAUAUGACCGACUACAGACAUGUCAAGGUGUCUCUCAUAUGCAUCAGAUGUAAUAAUGAGGCUGAAGUAACAGUCAAUGCAGUGAACAGGUACAAAAGCUAAUUUCAAUCAAGGUACUGUGAGCAAGAAUGUCUUAACUUUUAUUUUUCUGUCGCACAUCUCAACUCUGACAUGUUGCUGCUGUGUUAUGCUGUCACGGUUGUCACUACUAUGCAGGGAGAGGAUAAAGAAAAGAACAAAUCAAGGGGCCAUGUGAUUCAGUGCUUUUCAGAGAAGCUCCAUGAAAUGUAUUUCAAGUUCCACUCUUUAAGGUUGAAGAAGCUCAGUGCAGAAAUCAUUUUAAUGUAAGUCAGCACUUCCAGCACUUUGAAAACAGACACUGUUCCUGAUUAUUCAGCAGAAAACAAUCCAAGUUGAUGAUGUCACUUAGCAGCCGUUUUAAGUAGUCAGAGUCGGAAAGUUUCCCUGGAAGAUAAAAUAUUCAGUGUCAAAUAUGUUUCACCUCAACAUCUUUACCUCUACUAAUCCUCUACUAAUAUCUCCAUAAAAGAUGAAGUUCUGUUACCCAUUGCUCAGAACCAUCAGUGGUUACCCUUGAAAUGUUUUGAAAGACCUAGCAGCCUUGAACAUAUGUAACUCAUGAAGGAAUACAUUGUGUAUUUAUUAGGGACUGUUUUAAACCAAUCCAGACUUAAGCAGCAAGACAGUGUAAAGUGUAUAAGUAAAUUAAUGAACAAGGUAAAAUAUAAACCAUAUAGCUUUUACUGCUGUAAUUAAAAAGGUACUUUUAACUACAUGCAACUAUAAAAGCAGUUUAAAGCUGUUCAUUUUUUGGACCACGUUAUUUCUGUAUGCAUCCAUCCAUUUUCUAUACGCGCUUUUUCCAGUAUGGGGUCGUGGGGUAGCUGGUGCCUAUCCAGCAGUCUACGGGCGAGAGGUGGGGUGCACCCUGGACAGGUUGCCAGUCCAUCGCAGGGCAACACAGAAACACACAACCUGUGUUUAGAGAGACCAAUUAAC